AUGUCAAAAACAAGAUGGCUUGACGCACUUUCCGAUGGGACUGCUGGUUUAAAAACAAUAUCGUCAUGCAUGAGUGUCUGCGACUUAAAGAACGACAAUUAUUACAAACUUAUAGCAGCCGAAAUUUCAUUUGAUCUGGAGAUUAAACCAAGGUUAAGAGUAUACAAAGGAACACAAGUUGUACACGAUCAGAACUUGCCGGGAAUUCCAUCAGCUGUUGAAAGUUUGUAUAUUGAUGAAACACAUCCGAAAAUGCCGAUUGUCGCUGUUUCCGUUGGUCCGUCAAUAUUAUUUUAUCGCAACAUGAAACCAUAUUUCAAAUACACUGUCCCGAGUUUGAUAAUUGAGCCACUGGAGAUGGAGAUUUGGAAGAAGUUGGUCUCUGAUCGUUCUGACAAUUACCAGAAGCAUAUUGACGAUUUAAAGUCUAUAAACACAUCAGAAUUAUCAACUUUAUCACAACAAUUAAUUACAUUGAAUGAUGAUGAACGUGAAUUUUUUAUAAGAGACAACAUGGAACCUAAACUUGAACGUUUGCCGACAAUAGUUGCAAUGACGAAAAUUUACAAAAGUAUUGAAGAGGAAAAAAGUUCAAAUUGUCUGAUAAUCGCAACCGAAUCAAGUGACAUUCUCAUAAUGGACGUGCAAUCUUUUAAUAUUUUACAUCAAGCGAGAGUUUGUAAUUUCAAAGCAACGCCUGAUCUUCUAUCAGCCAGCGGAUCAUUUCAAAAUGAUUUCAAAAUUGUUAUUGCAACAAGGGAAGGUUCAUUGUGCAUCCUGAGAAAGAAUUGGCUUGAAGGUCGAGAAAUCGUUAAAUUAGAGAAUCCAGCAACUGCCAUGUGCUUACUACAAAUAGAUCAGACAAUUGUUGUUCUGAACACCGUUCUUGCAAUGACUUUUGGGAAACUUGGUCUAGAAGAUCAUGUUCUGGUGCUCGUCACUAACAAUGGAUCACUUUUAAUUAAGAUUUUAAAAAGAACUGCUGAGUUCUCGGAACCACUUUCUGUUGAAUCGAAGACAACUGAAGAUUCUACAAAUAUGACUGUAGCAAUACCAAAGAAAACAAAAAUUUUCAUUGAACAAACAAUUCGAGAGAAAGAAAACGCUUCGGCGAUUCACAAUAUUUUUCAAUCUGAAUUAUGGCGAAUGCGUUUGGAAGCAGCAAAGACAACAAUUGACAUUCUAAGAACGGGCGAUUCGACAUUUUCUGGAGAUUAUCAAACGCCUUUGAAGCUUCUUGCACAAGUAGAUGGUCUUGGACCUGAUUUCUUACUAACUGUGACUUUAGAAAAUAUCUCAGCUACGAAAAUUGCUGGAAAUUUAUCAAUUCUCUUACACGCUGAUCCAGAACAUUACAAGAUUAAAAGAAGAUACGCUGAUCUAUCACCUUUGAUGCCAGGAAUUCCUUUGGAAAUGGAUUUUCAAGUCUCAGUAGCCUUAACGCCAGAUAAUUUGUUACCAAGUGAUAUGACAACAGAAAACUCAAUCAUUCGAGUUUUAAUAAUCAAAGAAAAUUUAUCGAAACCUUUGAUCGCUUCAACUGUUGUGAUGCCUCAACCAGAACUACAAUUAUUGAUAACUUAA